CAGUUGGCAUGAUUUUUGCUGUUGUUUGCAAAAAAUGCUAUUUGCCUGUUUUCUGUUAAUAUUUUAAGUUUUCAAAUCAAGUGUGGCUUGUAGACAUGGAGUCAUUUAUAUUGUUCUUCCAAAAAUGCAGGCUUUGUCUAGAUGAACCUGGCGCAUACAACAUAUUUGCUAAAGAUGAACUUCCGCAAGACAUUUAUUUGUGUACUGGAGUCAAAGUCCAUCCAACAGACAACCUUCCUCAAAAAAUAUGUGAAAAAUGUUCCAAAGUGAUAUCCAGUGCCAAACAACUCAGAGAAACUGCGACCCAAACAAACGAACAUCUAAGGACACUCUUCCAUGAUGAUUCUGACGAUGGUGACAAAAUUGAUAAAAGCAAUGAAAAUAUUAUACUUGCUUCAAAUAACAGUCUGUCAAGCACUAAGCAAGAUGAAACUUCAGCUAAGAAUAAUGAUAUAUCAUCGAGCAUACCUCAAUUUAAUUCAGAGCACAAUGAAUCAAGAGAAAAAAGAAAAUCUACAUCCAAAAGAGCUAAACUUGACAGCACUACUAGUAGCAGUGUCAUAGCAUUUGAUUGUACUGAAUGCUCAAAAUCGUUUGAAUCAUGGAAAAAGUAUUACCUACACAAACGCAUGCACAACAAGACUAUUGUGUGUCCGCUCGAAGCCUGUGGGAAAAAGUUCGCGAUCAAAGGGGACCUGGAGAAACAUUUCCGCACCCACACUGGAGAAAAACCUUUCAAAUGCAACACUUGUUCCAGAAGCUUCUCUCAGAAAUGCAGCCUUAGGAAUCAUAUCCUCAAUGUUCACGGAAGUGAUGAUGAUGAUGAUGAUGACGAUGAUGAUUGACAGAUAAGUGAUUUAUGGAACUUCAGAUCUGAAUCAGGAGCGAUCCUAGAAAAAAGUCGAAUAAUAUUUUUAUCCGACUGCGCCAGAAGAAGUUUUUCGAUUAUAUGUAUAUUUCUUUGGCACGGCCUACAGCCUAAACGGCUUGACCGAUUUUAACGUGAGAGGUGUCAUUUAAUUCGUCUUGUGAAAGUGACACUGGCUAUAUUAAAUUAGAAAAAAUCUAAAUGGUGAUUUUAGGCGCAUUAAUCUUUGAAA